CUAGGCUGUCUCUCAGACUUGAGGCAGGUAUCCCGCUCUGUCCGACAGCUAAAAACAAAAAUGAGAACAUAUAUUUUAUGUAAAAAAUAUGUAUAUGUAUCUGAACGCUUGACCAUGCUGCCUGGUUGACAACAUAACCAAGCGGCUCAGAUUGCUAUUCGAUUUGAUUGGCGCUCCUCCCUCACCGACUUCGCCCGGUCACGUGAUGGGUCAGAGGCUGGUUCAGUGCGGGCCAGCUUAAUAGAACUGCCAUAGAUGCAGCGAAGCGGAGGAGGAGUCAAAAGAAGAGAAGUCACCUUGCUGAAGACAGUAGCGUACCAACUAAUACAGGAAAACCGUGAAAUUUGCGUGUUGGAAGAGGCUGCGAAAUUAUGAAUUCUUCGAAAAGGAGUGAAAGUGACUGGCAAGGCCUGGUGAGCGAGUUCCUGGUGUGUAAGCGUAAGCUGGACAGCAAGAAGGAGGCCCUCCUGAUCCUGUCCAAAGAGCUGGACACCUGUCAACAGGAGAGAGACCAGUACAAGCUGAUGGCCAACCAGCUGCGAGAACACCACCAAGGACUCAAGAAGAAGUACAGGGAGCUCAUUGAUGGAGAUCCUUCUUUACCACCUGAAAAACGCAACCAGGUGAACUUGGCUCAGCUGUUGAGAAACGCAAGGGAGCGAGGGAAACAGCUAGUCGAGGAGGUGAAGGAGCUGAAUCAGAGACUGGCAGAGGCCCAGGGGGAUAACAAGCUGCUGAGGAUGACAAUCACUAGACAGAGGCUGGGGGAUGAGGAGGUGGGGGCACGCCACUUCCCCGCCCAUGAGAGAGAAGACCUGGUCCACCAACUGGAGAAGGCAGGGCUACAGAUGGAGGAGCUGGAGAACAGUGUUAAGGCACUGACUGAUGAGCUGGAGGAUGUUAAGGCAGAGCGUGGCGUGUUCAGUGAGAAGGCUGAGCGCCUCAACCUGGAGCUCAACCAUAUCCUGGGUGGCCACGAGACCCGGAUCAUCGACGUGGAUGCCCUCUGUAUGGAGAACAGGUAUUUACAUGAGAGGUUCAACCAAGUCCAAGAGGAGGUGAACUUGCUGAAGUCUAACAUCAUGAAAUACAAGACUGCGUUGGAGAGGAGGAAGAGCUCUAAAUUGUCUGGGAAGUCCAACAGCAGUGCUCUAACAGGAGUCCUCUCUGCCAAACAAGUGCAGGAGUUGUUGUCUGAGGAGCAGGGCUGCAGUCUCCCGGCCACGCCCCAGUCCAUCUCUGACCUAAAGUCCCUGGCCACAGCCCUGCUGGAGACCAUCCAUGAGAAGAACCUGGUCAUUCAGCACCAGAGACACACCAACCGGAUUCUGGGGAAUAGAGUUGCUGAGCUGGAGAGGAAGUUGAAGACAUUAGAGGUGUCCGGCUUGUGGAGUCUUCCAGGCCUGACCUACCACGUUUCUCUGGGAAUAGGGAGGGGACGAGACAACAUUAUGCUGAGCGAGAGCCAGCGACCCGAGCUCCUAUCGCCCAGCAUCAUGCCGUGCCCACCUCAGCCACACACGCACGCAGCAACGCAGCCACCUAAAGACGACAGAAUGGGAGCAUCGUCGUGGGAACGGGCCACAGCUGGCGGUGACUUUGGCGCAGAUGGCGUCGGCGGGGAGGGCGCACCCGAGCCCAGUGACGGGGCGGAGGCUAACUGCAUCUGCCUGAGUGACAGGCGGGGAGUGGAGAUUGUGACGCUGUCGGAGGAGCAGGCUGCCGCGGAGCUGGAAGAAGGGCAGAGUCCCGUGGAGGAGGAGGGGCAUGAGGUGAAAGUGGACGAGGAGCUGGGCUCCACAGUGGAGGAGGGAGAGGAGGCGGCCCUGGCGCUCGAUGCCCCACCCUUAGAGGCGGAGUCAGACUUGGGUGAACUCCCACAGCUGCCUGUAAGGCAAGCUACCAUAGAUGACACCCUUGAGGCGGGUCAUUCGACCUGCCGAUCAAGCACAGGACUCCCUGACACAGAAGAUGCCUCUAAGCCAGCUUCCAUAUUCAAGACCCCAGACUGGGUUGGCACAGAUGGGUGGGGCCUGCACUGUCAAUCAGGACAGUGUGACAGUUGCCAUAGCGACAAUCAUUGAAAAGUGAUGUUUGUUUUGGUUGCAUUACUACUCCCUAGCAAAAUUUCCACAAUGUAGACCAACACCCCUUUUGUGCUCCCAGCCAUUCUUUGCGUGAGUCUAUAGAAUGGAUAGAGAGAACACUUUCUCAGCCUCCCAUUGACAGUCAGUGCCUGAAGUGUACUUUGCAUCUAGAUAGUGUUGUUGCUCUGAAAAGAGCAGACAAUCUUGAAAUCAAUCCACUUGCAAGUCUAAUGUCCUACAGGAGUAAUUUAGCAAAGAAAAUAGCAAAGAUAGCAAAGUCCCCCUGCAAACUGCCUCCAUGGUAUGAUAAUCCCAGCUGUUUGCUUCCUGUUCAUUCCUAAGGGUUGCUAGUUAAAUGAGAGCUGUUUUAUUUUUUCCCGUUGCCCACAUACAGGAGCCACUGAGUUAGUGUGAUGAAUGUAUUAGAUUUGCAUGGAAAUCUGUGAAGAACAUUGUUCGAUAGUUUGUAAUGUAUUUGUAUUGUAGCUUUAUGUAUAUAGAUUAUAGUUACAGUCACUAAUCAAUUAUGGAGCCAUUUCCUUAUUCUGUUUCUAAUGGAAAAGUAGAUGAUAGCUUGUGACUGCAUGUGCCUUAUAUACACUAGAAUAUUUAAAUCAUUUUACAUUUUAAAAUCCAUUUGAAUGAGCUUGACUGACUUUUUGAAUGUCAUAUCUUGCAGUGUCACAUGUCUAACUUGUUGCAUAGGAGCACAGACGUAUAAUCAAUAUGGGCCUCAGUGCUGCCUGAGGAAUGUCAAUGUCCUUGUUUUCACAACCAACUGAUUGUCAUGGUUGUCUACUCUUAUAAAGCUUUGUUUACCAGCUGCAUAACCACACACACACACACACACAGAGUCUUACUACACUUUUGUACGUAAACACAUUGACUAAUUUUGUCACACAAAGUUUCAUGUACUUGCCCCAAAAUUCUGACACGCGCGCGCGCGCGCACACACACACACACAGACACUUACAGCCAAAGUCCAGGCCCUGCUAAGGUAUUCAGAUUCAGUUUUUCCCACAUUCAGGUGGCAGCUGGCCUCUCCAAGCAAACGGCAUCAAAGCCAGAAUCCAUGAAGUGCUUAUUCUGCAGAAGGCUGCUUGCUAUUUUUACUCUUUGACACAAAAUAGAGGAAGAAAAAAAUAUAGAAUCCCGGGAAGCCAUGGUGUGUAUGCAGUACGCACAAACACACACACACACACACACACACACACACAGAGUAGGCCCGCUGCCAGCCAGCUUAUUUGGCAUAUUGGCGAGGCGUUUCGAGGAAUCUGAUGACUUUAUAAAGCAGAUGGGAUUUGCUGCUAAUGAAAUUGUGAAACGACGUGGUGCCUUGGGCUUUAGCGAAAUGCCUAACCUGCGUGCCAAUUCACCACGAUAAGGGGGUUCCUCAUCCUCCGGUAUCUUGCCUAAUUUGACUUUAAUGUCUGUGUGAAAUUUAACUACUCAAAGGGGUAAACAGUAGAACUACACAUUUGUUAUUUUCUGAGCAGUGGCGUGGAGCUGGUAGUUGUCGUUUUGUAGAAGUGAGACUGUAACCUAGGUUACAAUGCGUGACCUGCCCUGUACUAGUCAACCAAAACUGACUGCCGCUCAGAGAGCCCUGGGCAUUGAAGAAGUGAGCAAUUUCAGCUGCUCUCGCUGGGUUGCUCAAGUUGUGACAUGGAUUGAAGUUGACAAUUCACUUUUUCCCCCUCCCCUCCCUGCACCGAUCCCUGAUGGUCUGUCACAGCCUGCCGCUUGCACUGUGGGAAGUCAGAAUCCUCCCGCGUCUCACUACCAGUAUACUUUUAUAUUCUCCUAGAGGAAUUUCUAUUCUCAUUUGCAAAGGAAAGUAGCUAUGCUCAUUGUUUAACUCUUCAGGUCUGUACAACAAAUUGCAUUAAGACUCACUGAUUAGAUAUGGCUUGACUUUAUUAUCCAAUUCCUUUGUAUCAGACGUGACAUUCCAAUAUCCAAAGCAGAGGUGGCCAACCCUUCCUGGAGAGCUAUUGGGUGUGGAGGCUUUUGCUCCAGCCCUGCUCUAACACAUCAGCGAAUCAAUGUCCUGCAGUUGAACCAAAUGUGUUAGAGCAUGACUGGUGCAAAAGUCUGCACACCCAAUAGCUUUACAGAAGGAGGCUUGACCAUCCAUGAUCUAGAAGAAUAAAAAACACAUCUAGCCUCAACAAUAUAAUUAUUAAAGACAAUCUUAUUUCACGGAUUGAUUGACAUCUAAGGUUACUUUUGCUCCUCUCCCUAUGACAGGAUUACCUGGGAGGCUCAUUAUAUAUAUAGUUGAAGUCGGAAGUUUACAUACGCCAAAUACACUUAAACUCAGUUUUUCACAAUUCCUGACAUUUAAACCUAGUAUAAAUUCCCUGUCCUAGGUCAGUUAGGAUCACCACUUUAUUUUAAGAAUGUGAAAUGUCAGAAUAAUAGUAGAGAGAAUGAUUUAUUUCAGCUUUUAUUUCUUUCAUCACAUUCCCAGUGGGUCCGAAGUUUACAUACACUCAAUUAGUAUUUGGUAGCAUUGCCUUUAAAUUGUUUAACUUGGGUCAAAUGUUUCGGGUAGAAUAAGUUGGGUGAAUUUUGUCCAUUCCUCCUGACAGAGCUUGUGUAACUGAGUCAGGUUUCUAGGCCUCCUUGCUCGCACAUGCUUUUUCAGUUCUGCCCACAAGUUUUCAAUAAGAUUCAGGUCAGGGCUUUGUGAUGGCCACUCCAAUACCUUGACUUUGUUGUCCUUAAGCCAUUUUGCCACAACUUUGGAAGUAUGCUUGUGGUCAUUGUCCAUUUGGAAGACCCAUUUGCGAGCAAGCUUUAACUUCCUGACUGAUGUCUUGAUGUUGCUUCGAUAUAUCCUAAUAUAUCAAUAUAGCCUCAUGAUGCCAUCUAUUUUGUGAAGUGCACCAGUCCCUCCUGCAGCAAAGCACCCCCACAACAUGAUGCUGCCACCCCUAGUGCUUCACGUUUGGGAUGGUGUUCUUCGGCUUGCAAGCGUUCCCCUUUUUCCUCCAAACAUAACGAUGGUCAUUAUGGCCAAACAGUUAUAUUUUUGUUUAAUCAGACCAGAGGACGUUUCUCCAAAAAGUAUGACUUUGUCCCCAUGUGUAGUUGCAAACCGUAGUCUGUCUUUUUUAUGAGGGUUUUGGAGCAGUGGCUUCUUCCUUGCUGAGCGGCCUUUCGGGUUAUGUCGAUAUAGGACUCAUUUUACUGUGGAUGUAGAUACUUUUGUACCUAUUUUCUCCCGCAUCUUCACAGGGUCCUUUGCUGCUGUUCUGGGAUUGAUUUGCUCUUUUCGCACCAAAGUACGUUCAUCUCUAGGAGACAGAACACGUCUCCUUCCUGAGUGGUGUUACUGCUGCGUGGUCCCAUGGUGUUUAUACUAGUAUACUAUUGUUUGUACAGAUGAACGUGGUACCUUCAGGCGUUUGGAAAUUGCUCCCAAGGAUGACCCACACUUGUGGAGGUCUACAAUUUUAUUUCUGAGGUCUUGGCUGAUUUCUUUUGAUUUUCCCAUGAUUUGAAGAUAGGCCUUGAAAUACAUCCACAGGUACACCUCCAAUUGACUGAAAUGUCAAUUAGCCUAUCAGAAGCUUCUAAAGCCAUGACAUCAUUUUCUGGAAUUUUCCAAGCUGUUUAAUGGCAGUCAACGUAGUGUAUGUAAACUUCUGACCCACUGGAAUUGUGAUUAAGUGAAAUAAUCUGUAAACAGUUGUUGGAAACAUUACUUGUGUCAUGCAUAAAGUUGAUGUCCUAACCGACUUGUCAAAACUAUAGUUUGUUAACAAGAAAUUUGUGGAGUGGUUGAAAAACGAGUUUUAAUGACUCCAACCUAACUUACGACUUCAACUGUGUGUGUGUGUAUGCAUAUAUAUAUGCUAUUUUUGGUUGUUAAGUGGUUGUCUCAGACCAGAGCGCUGCCAGGCUAGCUUGCUGUUGCCCCUUGUGAGUGGGGUCUCUGCCACAGCAGGUAGAAUUAGGCCAUGGUCACCACUGUGCAGCCCCUGCCAAAACUAAUCUCAGCCCCAUAUCUCUGACAGCGACAUCCCCGACCCAUACCCCACCCUUAUGUUAGUAUGAAUUUGUUUAGAAUAGUAAUGUAGUUUUGUUUAUAAUAGUAUUUGUUAACACUGUGUGUGUGUGUGCACAGCUGUGCCUUUAUUAUAUGUGCCUCAGUGAGUGUGUGAGAUCCAGUGUGGUGAUUUUGGCAGCACUGCAAUCUAAUCACAUUCUCACAGGGAGUGGUGGUGAGAUGCUUUGCUCCAAAUGCUUCAGCCACCUGCCCCCCUCUCCUCCUACCCUGGACACACACACACACACACACCCACACACACUACCCUGGACAGCCAGACGCAGUGGCCCAGCCGGGUCACCACGGGGCCUGCUGGCUCUAAUAGGUGUGAUUUGAGGAGGCAGGAGGCAGCUGGAUGUGGGGGGAAUUGACACCCCAUCAUCGCCAAGGGAACUAGGGGGAUAGGGGAGGGGGUGGGACACUUGGAGUCAGCGGUUUCCACGCCAACCACUCAGCGGGGUUAAUUACUUUACCAGCCAGGUGCCCUGGCCACUGAUGGCCAAUGGCUGUGUCUGUCCUGCGCUUCAUUCAGUUCUCUCUUCUUUAUGCUACCUGACUUCUGUCAACAAUCCCUGAGAGAGGGAACCAAUCAGAGUGCACCGAGCGAGCCCACCAGGUUGUCACCUGGUGAUGUGAAAAGUGUAACUUUCUGCUCGGUGGAUGACGGGUCUGUCAUUAUCUCUCAUGGGGAGGUGGAAAAACAAUGUGAAAUGUCUUGUCAGAUCUUUUUUCCUGCUUGUUUGUCACCCACGCAUGGAUGAGCCAUACACCUCGUUCCCACCCUUGUGCGAGCAACUGGUUAUUGAACAAUGUUGUGAUUAUUACAUUACGUCUAUUCGCUCGGAUCCCUAUACGUCAGUGCAAUGGCUUCGAUGAUACUGUCCUUGAUUAAAGAAGCAAAUAAAGCAGCCGCCCGUUAGCAUUAACAUUAGCAUCAAUCACCCAAACCCAACAUCAACCUCCACGAAUGUCCUAGAUAUACUGUAGAGUUACGUCUCUCCACUGUUAUUUAUUACAUUCAAUUACAUGUGUCGUGCUUCCCCACAAGGGCAAAGUCCCAGGGAAACAACACGCGGAACCGCUCGGGUUGUUGCUUUUUAUGGCCUUAUUUAUAUUCAAUUUGAUUUGUUUAUGCACAGGGAAUUGAGUUGGAGAAUCCGUGGGCAGUUAUGCAAAUUAUUUUUGUAAAUCACCCAAGUUGAGUAGCUAAUCGCGUCGUGUCGAGUGGCGCCUCGCUCGACUUUAGACACUUCCAUCCCGUCGCUCUUCUACAUUUGUUGACGGGGGUUCUUUAUCCAUUGUGACCUACCUUGCAGUUUCCGCUUUUUCUUUCUGGAAACGAGCGACCGCGGCACCUAAAUGGCUCCAAGGGCCCCAGUGAGGCCGGCGUCAGAUGACGUUAUGGAUGGAGGGGGAGUUGUGGUGGGCCGAUAAGCAGAGGCCACGCCGGGGGGUCAGCACACUGUCAAGGUGUAGUCCUACAGUGCGAUCUCUAUUAAGAUAAGAGGGUGAGCUGGAGCUAUAAGAGGAGACAUGAACCACAGAUCUAGCCCAUGCAUUAAGGGGACAGACCAGCUAAUCCUGUCCUGCAUGACUAUUCUGUUAGUGCCGUUGUGCCUGAUGAGCUAAAUCAAGUGCAACUACGAUAUUUUGAAUACAUAUUCUACCCAGGUCUGGAUAGGAAUGAGUUUGACUGAUAUGUUUGGAGCUUCUACAGGAUAGUCAAUUGACAUGUGUUAUUGAGUAUCCUUCAACCCCCCUCCUACUCAAUCUUUGGCAUAACUAUUGAAAAUGUAUGUUGUGCCUGUCUGUGUGCCCUCUCCUUGCUGAGAGAAGCCCCAUCAUGCACAUUGGCACAUUGUUGUCAGAGCGUUUCAAUGCCCACCCUACCUAGAGUUGGCUGCUCCAGUGCAUCGCCUCAGGGCAUCACUACCUGCAGGGCCGCCAUUACUCCAGUGUGUGACAACCAUCUUUAGAAACUGCCAGCUUUGUCAUCUAGAACUCCCACACACUCCCUCUUGAUCAUUGCAACACUGUCUCACUCAGGCAAAAUGAGCCAUCCAACAACCUGGUUAGUCACUCGCUUUGUUAUGGCUGGUGUUUUAAAAUGAGAUCGGGAUGACUAGAGCUAAAUGUUGAAGGGGGAAAAAACACUUAUUUUUCUAGUGUGAGUAAUGGUUGAGCUAUUUCUGUCAAAUGAAAUGACACACCUGCAUGAGCAAAGUCACGCAUUAAGCCUUUAAAAGCAGGUUAGGGCAUCACAUUGAGCUAACACAUCAUUCCAGACCACACAGUUGCCAAGAGAGAUGUAUACAGUGGAUGUAGGAGAGUUAGCGUUAGCUCACACAGUGCUGAUGAGUCAACCAGCUUUAGCUCGCUUAAUGUAAUGUGACAACAAGCAGACAUAUCCACAUCAAUUUGUGUGUCUAUAGUUAGAAUGAUUGAAAUUGGGACACCGGCAUAUAAAACCUUUUCUAUCUAUAUCUGAAAGGAUAAGGGGUGAAAAUCCUAAUAUAUAAUUUUGAUAUUUAUGUGGUUUCCCCAUCUAAGGUGCUCAUCAGCACUGACCUUUAACAUUUCAAAUGUGGCUAACUUUGUGAUUAAACCAUGGAUAUUGCUGCCACUUUAUGAAAUAAUGCUGCAAUUCAUGCAUGGGCAUAGGGUGACUUAUUUUCCACAGUGAUUGUCCUUUAAUAAAGGAAUACUGUGACAUUUUGGCAAUUAAGCCCUUUUUUUCUACUGGAAGUCUUCAGGAACAACUAGCAUGCUAGCUGUUCCUGUAGACUUCAAGGUAUUGCGCUAACACUCGUUAGUAAUGGCUCCAGAAACUGCCUUCCACUUCCUUCAAACUGCAAGCAGAGACAUAACAAUGGUAUCCAGGAGUUCAUUGGACUCUGGGAAGAAAAAAAGGCUUAAUUUCCAAAAUGUCACACUAUCCCUUUGAAUAUUUAUAACUUAUGAUUGGCUAAAUAAGUGCUUUAACUUGCCCUAUGUACAAAAAAAGUUUUUUUUUAUUGUAAGGUGAGUAGGGCAGCUGUUUUAACUGUGUGAUUUGGAGAUUUGUCGUUUCCCAAAGCUGUCUGUCUCCUACAGUGGUCCUGUAAAAUGUGAUGGUGUUCUUGUUAUUUAAUUGUAUAUUACGCAGAUAUUUUGUUUCUUUUCAGUGUAUGAAUGCAUUCAGAUUCUAAAUAGACAUAUCAGGACUAGACAUUAACAAAAUACAAUAUGUUUACAUUAAAGGAGCAAUCUGCAGUUGUUCAUCCAUUUUUGGACUUCUGAAUUAAUGAAAUAAACCUAUUGAUUCUUGAAGAAUAUAACUUAGAAAUGUCUCAUGAGCUUAGUUCAAAUGUCGUACCCCACCAGAACCCAGAAUAUAAGCUUGCUUCACUCCAAUGUUUGUAAACGUAAACAAACACUAUAUAGCCUCAACAUGGUUCAAACUAUAAUUUUGAUUUCACGGAUGGUCAGUCCUUGCAUCCAUAGCCCUGCCUAUACAUUUUAGAGUGGUUACAUUUCUCCAGCCCUAUCCCUCAACUUUUUACCGAAACGGGUGAGGUCGCAUUGUUUCAACUGCUGAGUGACGCUUUAAAUAAAUGUUUAUUUCAUGAAUGUACACUGAACAAAAAUAGUGUAUAAACACAACAUGUAAAGUGUUUGUCCCAUGUUUCAUGAGCUGAAAUAAAAGAUCCCAGAAAUGUUC